GCGUCUAGUCCCGGCAAGCCCCUUCUUCCGUCCUCGUCCAUUCUCUAACCAAAUUUCGCGCAAGGUAUGUCUUUAGCGUAAGAAAACUCCAUCCAGCCCCCGUGUCGUGUGAUAAACCCUAAACAUAUCGAAGCAUGUUAUCAGCGCGUUAUCAGUGAGAGGCGUGCCCCAUGCCCUACAUCCUAGUGCGCGGCAACUUGGCGGCCUACGGACAGCGAUACCCUUGGCGAGUCCUCGUCUCCGGCCUCAAAGCCGCCGACAUCGAGCAGCUGAACCGCUUCGCCUCUGGGGGCUACUGCGACGACUGCACCAUCGUGUACAUGCAGCACCCCUGCGUCAUCCUCACCGCGCUCGAGGUGCUCGGCUACAAGGUGGUGGCCUCCUCCUCCACCUCCGUCAAGCAGGACUACAACGAGUACAUGUGGACGAUGCGCAAGGACUUCUCCGAGCCGGAGCCCCCCGUCGGUGGCGCCGCCCCUGAGCUCAAAGAGGACUAG